UCUACUUCUGCAGUUGUAGGAGAUACACACGUCUUUUCUACUCUGUACAGGCAUCAGGACUUAAAACACCGGUGAAGAUGUCGAUACACCUGAGCUGGAUUCAGACAAGGAACAGUUGGAAACGGACAUUUGUUGCACUGACAUUUAUCGUUGCUUUGUCCAUGUACAUUUCAUGGUCAUUUUUAAGCAGUUACCCAUCCAUAACACCAUGUUCAGUACUUUUAAGUGAGCAAACAAUAACACCAAUCAUAAAUACCAAGCAUUUGAUGAUUUCUGCCUACAAGGACCACAGACUGAGUGGUAGAACUCGGAUCAUAGGCAUAAUGAGGAGAGAUGAGCUCCAAUCACUUUACUGCAUUUUCUGCUGUCAGCAUAGCUGCUCUCUGGGAUACACAGCAUAUACAUACAUGCACAGUGACCAUUUUGGCUACCCAUUUGUGACUACCGAUGUACUAUGCAAGUAUCAGCCUCUGAGAAAUGCUACACAUGUCACUAUUUCAACACAUGCUAGCAUCACAGAAAACCAGGACCAGAGGUUCAUUCCUAUCCGAAACAAAGAGAGCACAGCAAUGUUCCCCUAUAACUUCACCAUCUGCAUCUCAAACCUUUUUGGCGACUACAACAAUGUCCUGCAGUUUGUCCAAACCAUGGAGAUGUACAAGCUGUUGGGUGUGCAGAGAGUGGUCAUCUAUAACACUAGCUGCGGUCCUGAGUUGGAGCGUGUGCUGCUGCACUACAAGCAUGAGGGCACACUGGAGAUAGUUCAGUGGCCCAUCGACCACUUCCUUAAGCCAUCCGCAGGCUGGAAUUUUCCAGAACAUCCAGGGGAUCUCCAUUACUACGGGCAGCUUGCCACUCUGAAUGAAUGCAUCUAUAGGAACAUGUACCAGACCAAGUACUUACUACUUAAUGACCUAGAUGAAAUCAUCAUGCCUUAUAAACAUGCCAAUCUGCAGCAAAUGAUGGAAAAACUUGAGCAAGAGAAUCCUGGAGUGGGCGUCUUUGUCGUCAUGAACCAUGUUUUCCCCAAAACACAGUUUGAUGACAGUGGGAGAUUUAAGGUGCCACAGUGGCAAAACAUCCCAGGGAUAAACAUCCUGGAGCACAUAUACCGAGAGCCAUCGAGGGAUUCUGUCUACAACCCUACUAAGCUGUUAAUCAACCCUAGAGAGGUAGAGCAGACCUCAGUCCACAGUGUCCUGAAGGCAUGGACAUCGGCUGUCACUGUGGAUCCUGAGGUGUGCAGGAUAGUGCACGUCAGAGGCCCUCUACAAGGGAGCCUGACGAAGGAGCAGCUGCUAGUGGACAAGAGGCUGUGGGACUUUGAACUCAUUGCAAAGGUUGACAAAGUUUUACAAAAUGUGGGUCUGCUUAUCUGAUAAUGCAUCUCUUUUGCAAGGUCCUCAGUUGAAUGAGCUAUUUUUGUAACUGUGAUGGCAGACCAAAGUUUUAUGUUUAUGAUGUAUCAAACAUGUUUACAUUUUCACUUUGAAUGUUAAAGCUAUUUUCUAUCUCUUACAUCUUUGUUUUUUCAGUUCAUUUGUGUUCAGUGGAUUCAGGGGCCCUGUUUUAUUGCUAAAAGUGAAAGUAGUGGUUGCAGUA